AUGGGCCUCGAAGUCCUCAGUGCUCUAGGUGAAGCGGAAAGAAUUGGAGAUCCAAAACCGUUAGAACCUAAAUCUGGAGAUGAGAUGGGAGGCCAAUCUACCACUCUUUCGAGUAACGAAUUCUAUAACGCACCACAGCCGCACAAUCCUCCACAACACUUUCAAAAUGCUCAGCGGUCUCGGCCAUCUGGCAUGGCCUCCAAUGCAAAUAUAUUUUCUAUUGAGGCCUUGUCUCCUUUUGCUAACAAUAAGUGGACUAUCAAAGCUCGUUGUACGCACAAAUCUAACAUCAAGACAUGGAAAAACACUUUUGGAGAAGGAAAGCUUUUCAGUGUCAAUCUACUGGAUGACAGUGGUGAAAUCAGGGCUACUGCCUUCAAAGAUCAGUGUGAUUUACUCUACCCUAUCUUUGAAGAAGGCGCUGUUUACUAUAUCUCGAGCCCUUGCACUGUGAAGAUGGCAAAGAAAGAAUUUAGUAACGUGAACAACGACUAUGAACUCACUUUCGAUAGGGACACAGUUGUUGAAAAGGCCGAAGAUCAAAAUGAUGUUCCACAGAUUCGCUUCAACUUUACUAGCCUAGGAAAUUUGCAGUCAAUUGACAAGGGAACAACAAUUGACGUACUAGGAAUAUUGAAAGACGUUGAUGCCACUUCUCAAGUGACUUCUAAAACUACGGGAAAGCCAUAUGACAAGCGGGAGCUUACGCUUGUCGAUAAUUCUGGAUUUUCCGUCCGUCUUACAGUAUGGGGAAAUACUGCCACUAACUUUGACACACCCCCUGAGUCCGUUGUUGCAUUUAAAGGGGUUAAAGUAUCUGAUUUCGGAGGCCGCACAUUGAGUCUACUGAGCUCCGGCACAGUAACAGUUGACCCUGACAUUGAAGAAGCACACAGAUUGAAGGGCUGGUAUGAUGCCCAAGGAAAGUCAAACUCUUUUACCGCCUAUUCCUCCGGAGCUACUGGAGGCGGCGGUGGCUCGUGGCCCACAUUCAAAACCAUCUCUGAGAUUCGAGACGAAGAACUUCCAAGUGCAGAUAGCUUUGAAACCUUCUCACUAAAGGCCACUGUGAUCCACGUAAAGGACAACUUGUGCUACCCUGCCUGCCCAAACGAGGCAUGCAAGAAUAAGAAGGUGACUAGAGGCGACUUGGACCAGUGGCACUGUGAGCGAUGCGAAAGAUCGUACGCCAAUCCCAAGUAUCGCUACAUACUUUCACUCAACGCAUGUGACCAUACUGGCCAAAUCUGGUUGAGCUGCUUCGAUGAAGCCGGCCAGAUGAUAUUUGGCAUGACUGCUGAUGAGCUGAUGAAAAUCAAGGAGGAAGAUGAUACUGCUGCAAAUGAGAUAACCAAAGGCGCAACCUACUGCACAUGGAACUUUAAGUGCCGGGCAAAGCUGGAUACCUAUCAAGAGCAACAACGGUAA